AUGUUGAAUAACAACAGAUUCUACACUGACAGUAACAUAAGAAACAUCUUGUUCUCUGGAGUGGGCAUUGGGAUCUCAGCCAACAGCUUCCUUCUUCUCUUCCACAUCCUCAUACUCAUUGGAGGGCAUAGGCCCAGACUCAUUGACCUGUACAUUGGUCUCUUGUCCCUAACCCAACUACUGAUGCUGAUGACUAUGGGACUCGUAGCUGUGGACAUGUUUAUGUCUCAGGGAGAAUGGGAUGCCAUCAUGUGUAAAUCCCUCAUCUACCUGAACAGGAUUUUCAGAGGCCUCUCCCUUUGUGCCACCUGCAUGCUGAGUACCCUCCAGGCCGUCAUCCUCAGCCCCAGAACCUCCUGUUUGCCAAAAACAAAAACAAAAAACAAAAAACAAAACAUAUCUCAUGCCUGGCGAGAAUGGGAUGCCAUCAUAUGUAAAUCCCUCAUCUAUUUGCAUAGCAUUUUGAGAGGCCUCUCCCUCUGUGCCACCUACAUGCUGAGUACCCUCCAGGCCGUCAUCCUCAGCCCCAGAACCUCCUGUUUGGCAAAGUUCAAGCGUAAAUCACCACAGCACCAUUUGUGUUUCCUUCUUUCCCUGUGGGUCUUCUAUAUGACCACUAGCAGUCACUUCUUAAUAUCCAUUAUUGCCACCCCCAAUAUGACCUCAGGUAACUUUAUGUAUGUCACUCAGUCUUGCUCCCUUCUAGUUAUGAGUUAUUCCACAAAACACACAUUUUCCACACUGCUGGCCUUCAGGGAAGCCUUCCUUAUAGGUCUCAUGGCCCUCUCAAGUGUUUACAUGGUGACUGUCCUGUGCAGGCAUAAGAAGCAGUCCCAGCAUCUUCGAAACACCGGCCUUUCUUCAGUAGCAUCUCCAGAGCAAAGGGCCACCCGGAUCAUUCUGCUGCUCAUGGGUUUCUUCGUGGUUCUGUACAUUUUGGACAUCGUUAUCUUCUACUCAAGAACAAAGAUGAAGGAUGAUCCAGUGCUUAACUGUGUCCAGAUUCUUGUGUCCCAUUGCUAUGCCACAGUCAGCCCUUUUGUGUUCAUCAGUACUGAAAAACGUAUAAUUCACUGUUUGAGCUUCAGGAAGCUUCACCGGUGA